GUUCCGAGUGGAAUAUAGGGCUUCAACAAUAUAUCUUCACUUUGUUCAGUUUUCUGCCGUCCUCUUCAACUGGCUAGCUCCACAAUUGACCAAACUCUCUCCCCUCUCUUCGUCACACAACCUCCACCAUAUCACCCUCGUACUGACGACCCAUUCGUCGCUUCCCAUUUGGAUUCCACUCAAGCGAUGGGCUGGCGCGCGAUGUCGUUCGAUGGUCUCCUCAAUGUACGCCCUAUCCAUCUCUAUUUUCUCCUGCAUAUUUGUUGAGUGAUUGGCUCUUGGUUGGUUUGUUCAUCGCCAUAGCUUCUUGUUGCUUAUUCUUUCUGGCCAUUUAAUCCUCAUUAUGAAGCCAGCGAAGGCAGCUCUUAAUAAAGUUUGCAAUUUCCGAAUAUACUCUAUCUUGCAUUGAUUUUAUUCAAAUAUCUAAUCCAUUUUUACUCAUGUGUAUAAACGAAGCAAAAAAGUUGUACGAGUGCCUUGAUAUGAUUAUGAGCAGUAAUCAGUUGUGCUCGAAAAGUGGUCAGAAGUAAAUAUUAUCCUAAAACACUGUGUGAUUUUAUCAACAUGAAAUUUUUAUCCAUAAUGGAAUUAUACUACUCUACCACGGUACCCAAGUUUUAUCCUUAUAUCAAUAAUACAUUCGAAUUGGUUAAUGGGAUAAUUGAUUUUAGCCCGAAGGCAUUGUCAAGUGUUAUUUUCUAUUAACUAGAAAAGUUUUAAAAUCAUCCGCCUGAAAAGAAAAUUCUUCUCUUGGCCUCUGAAGACACUUUCGAUAUGUAGUCUACUGACAUAAAUAUGUCACAUAAUGGUUAGUAUUUGGAUAUACUUUGUCAAGGUUGAAUUAUCGGUCAUAUCUAAAAAACAUUUUCCACUCCAGCCGCAUACCUUUAGGUGUGAAGUAUUUUCAGAAAAGGUUAGAAUUGGUGUAUUUGUCUAUCAUCUUGUUGAUUCCUUAUCUAAGUGUGGAAUUUUUAAAGUUUCUGUUAAUAACUACUGAUAAGCCUUUAUUAUUAUUGUUCCCUUGGGUUACGAGUAGAAUAUAGGGCUUCACCAACACAUCUCUUCUGUGUUCUAUUUUAUGCUGUCCUUUUUAGCUGAGCCCACGAUUGCUCAUAGACUCUCAUCUCCUCUAUGUCACCCCCGGACGAUCCACUCGUCAUUCCCCAUACGAGUUCCACUCGAAGGUUUGUCCCGCAGUGUCACCCAACGGUUUCCUCAGCAUAUACCCAAUUCAUUUUGCCUUUUUGGCCUGCAUAUUUAUUGGGCAGUCGGUUUCUGAUUGGUUCGCUGCCACAGUUUCCUGUUACUAGUUCUUUCCUGUCGGCCAUUUGAUCGUCAUUGUGGAGUCUGCAAUGGCCUGUUGGAAAUGCUUUUGGUGAUGCGCUGGUCAAGUUUCUGACCCAUAUAGAAGACCUUAACUUUAUACAAGAGAUGGGGGAUUUCUUCUGGCCUUGGAGCUUUUAAGAAUGGAUUUUAUUUUUACGGAGAUAGACAAUAAGGGGCACUAAACGUUGCUAAUUCAACAUUUUAUUUAGAUUUUAUUGGUGAAGAGUGCUUUGACGGACUCUCUUUAUUCGGAUAACCAUUUCUUGGAAAGGAGAAACUUUAAAACAACGGGGAUUUAUAGCUUAGAUGGAUAUUUCUGAUGCUCUUCUGUUCACUAAGCUAGCUGUAUUUUAAUGAGGGGAAAACAUUUUCCUAUUUGAUAUUUUUGUUUCAGCAUUCUUUAUACGUGAGGUAUGGUGUACUGAUGUAUAAUUUGUGUAUCAUUUUUAAAAGGUUGGAUAUCUGGCAGUAUGACUAGUUGGUCUGUGCGUCGGUAGCGCGGUGGUAGAAUUCUCGCCAGCCACGCAUGAGGUCUGGGGUUCGAGCCUCGGCCCACACACUUCCCUAACUUGGUAAGCCAGUAAUGAGACUGGUAAAGACGGAGGUUUGGGUAUGAGGGACUAGCAACCCCACCCCGUAAAAAAAUAAACACCAUUGCUACCGAAAAUUCAAGCGUCUAGCUUCGAGCCACCUUAUGUUCCACUGGGAACGUAAAGGAAUAAAAAAAUGAUCAGUUCGUCUAGUCUACAAAAUUUGUACUAGUUCAAUGACUUUCUUUCAUAAUCAUACGGGGAUGGUGAGUGCUUCAAAAUACAAAGCCUAGUUUUUGCUUCACUCUAGCGUUUGUUCACUGAGAAAAUGUCAAUCUGUAGGUUUAUUAAAUGAAGAUAACAAUAGUUGCUGCCGCGUCAUCCACGAUUUGGACUUCCUUGAAGGUAAAUUCAACUUAUUGUUAACUUGAUGGAAUGAAUGCUACAGACGUGUGUAGUAUAUUAAAGAUGGUUAUCUCAGCAAGAGUGCGUCGGUUGCACAGCGGUAGAAUGCUCGUCAACCACGCAGGUAGUUCAGGGUUCGAUCCCCGGCCGACGCACUCCUUUAGUUUGCUAAGCCAAUAAUAAGACUGGUUAGGAGGAAAGGUUGGGCAUGAGGCUAGCAACCCCAUCCCGCUGCUACCGAAACUUCAAAGCUCUAGCUUGAAGGUACCCUAUGUUCCAGUGGGAACGUUAAGGAAUAAAAGAAAAUCUGAGCAAAAGUCAUGUGCGAAAGUCGUUAAGGUUUUGAAGUGGGUAGAAUGCUUGUCAGUAUUUCUGUUUUUGGUUCGCCUAGUGUAUAAUGCACACUACAUUAUUACCUGUUUAUUGCGAACUGUGUAGCUAGUGUUUUUAGUUGGUUUGUUUUGCUACUCUGCCUAAACUUCGUCACGUGGCGGUUAAAGUAAUUCGAAUAAUAUUUCUCCCUCUUUAAUCUCUAUUUUAGUUUUAUAGACAAUAGUGAAGAUGUUGACAAUAGAAACAAAGCCAACUAAACCGUUUCCUGGUCAAAAACCCGGUACUAGCGGUUUAAGAAAGCCGACAAAAACAUUUAUGCAGCCUGGAUACACUGAAAAUUUUAUUCAGUCUAUUUUAAACGCUGCUGUUGGCGAUCAUCUUAAGAAGUCACAACCAGUUCGGCUUUUAUUGGGCGGGGAUGGACGUUAUUUUGUUCGUGAAUCAUUACAACGUAUUAUUAUUCCAAUAUGCUUAGCUAAUGGAGUAUCCGAAGUACUAGUUGGUCAGAAUGGGAUUAUAUCGACUCCAGCAGCUUCAUGUGUCAUUCGUAAGCAUGGUUUAACAGGUGGUAUUCUCCUGACAGCUAGUCAUAAUCCUGGUGGACCAAAUGCUGAUUUUGGAAUCAAGUACAAUUGUGAGAAUGGUGGUCCUGCUCCUGAAAAAGUUACAGAUGCCAUCUUUGCACAAAGUGAACAGCUUACUGCCUACAAAACUAUUAAAGAAACUAUAGAUGUUCAGUUGAAUUCUCUGAGUUCAAAUAAGUACACUUUGUCGAGUGGUCAGAGUGUUACGGUAACAGUCAUCAGCAGUGUUGCUGAUUAUGCGGAUUACAUGAGCACAUUAUUCGACUUUAGUGCUAUCAAAGCUUUACUUACCGGUUCAAGUGGACAGCAACCGUUUAAAUUGCUUGUCAGUGGUCUUAAUGGAGUUAUGGGACCAUAUAUUCACGAAAUCCUAUGCGGUAAACUUGGAUUAGAUACAAAAUAUGCAAUCAAAGCUAUCCCUCUAGAAGACUUUGGCGGUGGACAUCCUGAUCCGAAUUUAACCUAUGCAGCAGAUCUAGUUCAAAUGGUAACGUCAGAUGCAACAAUUGCAAUGGCAGCUGCUUUCGAUGGUGAUGGGGAUCGUAAUAUGCUUAUCGGUCGCCGGGGAUUUUUUGUCUCUCCGUGUGAUUCUCUUGCAGUCAUAGCUGAUAACACAGAUGCAAUUAAAUAUUUUCGAGAGCAUGGAGUACAUGGAUUUGCACGCAGUAUGCCUACUAGCAGGGCAUUGAAUCUUGUAUGUGAACGUCGAUCAAUGAAAUGUUAUGAAGUUCCAACUGGAUGGAAAUUUUUCGGUAAUCUAAUGGAUGCUAAAUUAUGCUCUGUAUGUGGUGAAGAAAGCUUUGGUACAGGUUCUGAUCAUAUUCGUGAAAAAGAUGGUUUAUGGGCAUUAUUAGCUUGGUUGUCUAUUCUAGCUAGCCGAUGUCAAACAGGCUUACCUGUUGAUGUGGAGUCUAUAGUAAAAGAGCAUUGGAAAAAGUAUGGAAGAUACUUUUUCACUAGAUAUGAUUAUGAAAAUUGUGAAUCAAGUCAAGGUGAUGAAAUUAUGAAUCGAUUAAAGAAGAUUAUUGUAGACAAUGGUAUAGCUGGUCAAGUAUACAAUACCACUAGCGGUCAACAGUUUAUUGGGGACUUCUGUGAUAAUUUUUCAUACUCUGAUCCUGUUGAUGGAAGUCAGACAACAAAUCAAGGUUUUCGCCUAAUAUUUAAAGAUGGAACACGAUUUGUUUAUCGUCUAAGUGGUACAGGCAGUAGUGGAGCAACACUUCGAAUGUAUAUUGACACGUAUGAAGCAGAUCCGAAGAGACAUGAACUUUCAUCACAGGAAUAUUUGAAGCCGCAUAUUGAAUUAGCGUUGAAGUUGUGUGGGUUACCCGCCAAUUCUGAAUCACAUAAAACACCUGGUGAAAUUGAUCUAGAACCAGGAAAUCGUGGUGUUCAUUUUAAUAGUGAAAUGGUUAACGAAGAUUGUACGUCGCAUAAUUUAUCAACUGUGCCUACACAUCCUCAGUCAUCUAGUCAUCCACCGCAUGUUUCACGAAAAGUUAGCUUUUCUGAUUUACCUAUAAUUAGUGGUACCACUGAAGAACGUCACCUAGAUGGUGGAAUUCAUCCAUCGCGUAUUACAGCUGAAGAUGAAGGAAUCUAUGAUGAAGAUGAUGAUUCUGGACAUCAUAUAGAAGUUCGUCUAUUGGAUCCAACUACAGAUGAUAUGCCGAUGCUACCGUCGAACUUUACUAAUGUAUCUGUGUAUGAAGUCAAGUUGGGUAUGCUUAAACAGGCAACAGUUUAUCGGGUUGAAUUUACAAUACCGGAUAGAUUGAAACCUGGUGAAGUAGAAAUGUUGAGAACUGUUGUUGAAAUGGAUGGUCAUGUUAGUGUGCCGGUUAAUGUCGGGGCUUCUUUUGUUCUGUUAAGCUGUGAACCUGUCCCAUCACCCAACCAUGGUCAUGUAUUGGUUAUGGAAGUUUCAACAACUAAACAGCCACGUGUCAACGAGUUGAUGACACUACGUCGAGUUGAAACACCAAGCGAUGCUAUUUGUCUACUUCUCCAUGGAAUUUCUUUAGCUAAAGGACAAGGCACUCCACUUCUACGCUCUGGUAUUCAUCGUAUCCAUGAAAAUCAAGAAUACAUUGAUUCAGAUGAAUAUACUGAAUGGCCAGGUUUUGUGAAUAUUGA